GUGGCUUAGUGUGGUUGAUUGUGUGAGAAAUUUUGUUUACAAUUUCAAUUUUAGAUUCAGUUAUUUAAACUAAAUAUUUUGGAUUAUUUGGUAAUUUCUUUUUAAAGUGUUUUAAGAUUCAACUAUUUGCAACCAAUGGGGAAUGUUUACUUUUUAGGCACUUCGGAAAAUUUAAGUGAUUUUAUUACUGAGAUGACAACUGCGUACACACUUCCUGCGGAAGAAACCAUAAGAACUUUUGACUACGAUGAAGACUUACCAAGCCUGCCUGUACCCGAACUUGAAGAAACAAUAAAAAGGUAUCUUGCUUCUGUUCGGCCAUUUGCUAAAAAUGAAGAGGAAUACAAAAAGACUGAGAAAAUUGCUAUUGAAUUUCUGAAUGGAGAAGGAAAAGCUUUGCAGGAGAAAUUACUUCAACAUGCAUCAAGAUACAAAAACUGGAUAGAGAAAUGGUGGGAGGAUUACGCUUAUCUAACGUUGAGAGAACCUCUAAUUCCCCACUACAGUAUGGCAGGGCCUCACCCUAGGAUACCUGGGUUUCACUAUGGCCCUGGGCAACAACUCAAAAUGGCAUCAGUGUACUGUCACCAGCUGGUAUUGUUGUGGCUGUUGCUGCGUAAAGAACGACUGAGACCAGCGAUGACUGCAGAUAAGAAACCCCUCAGUAUGAGCCAGUACAGAAGACUGUUCAAUUGUUCAGUUGUUCCUGGAAUGAUGAAAGACUUCAUCAUAGCACAGUUCAAGACAGAGAAGGAAGGAGAGUGCCCUUCCCAUGUGGUGGUGGUGUGCAGAGGUCACAUGUUUGUGUUCAACAGUUUGACCCCAGAAGGUCAUCCUCUCUCACCAGCUGACUGGGAGAAUCAGCUGACUGAAGUACGACAAACAGCUGAUUUGCUUCCUCCCUCUGAUCUACCCUGCUUGUCCUGUGAUAACCGUACAUCAUGGGCUGAAAACAGGGAAUAUCUGAUGAAGCUAAGUCCAGUUAACAUCAGCAACUUUUCGACACUGGAUUCAGCCAUGUUCGUCAUAUGUCUGGACGAUUCAACUCCUAUGUUGGCAUCGGACGUCGCUCAGUUAUUACUCUGUGGAGACUACUCUUGUCGCUGGGCUGACGCAGCCCUCAACAUCAUGUUCUUCAGCAAUGGACUGUCUGGAGGACUAUGUGCGCAUUCUCCGUUUGAUGGCAUUGUGAGCGGAUCAGCAAUGCAUUUCACCUACUCAGCGUUGAAGGAAUCUGCUGGGCGAAAUGUAAACAUGACAAGUCAACAACUACCAAAGCCUCAACAACUUGAGUUUGUUGUUGAUUCACAUAUAAGGUCUGAGAUUGACAGAGCAAUGGACGAUCAACAAAAAGAGAAAGAUAAGUUCCUAAUUUCCCAAGAAGAGUUUGUAACAUUCGGGAAGAAAAGGAUCCAGAACUCACGAAUCCAUCCAGACUCGUUUAUUCAAAUGGCUCUUCAGCUUGCCUACUUCAGACUGCAUUCCAGGUACGCUCCUUGCUAUGAGACUGCCACAACACGGACAUUCUACAACGGACGAACUGAGACAGUCAGGGCGUGCUCAGAAGAAUGUGUUUCCUGGGUGAAAUCCAUGACGGACCCACAAUGCAACGACACAACAAGAGCUAAACUCUUACUAAAGGCGAUUCAGAAACAUAACCAGUUGAUGGUUGAGGCUCGCAGAGGCGAAGGGUGCGAUCGUCACCUGAUGGGACUGUACUGUGUUGCUGUGGAGAACAACCUGACUGUACCACAACUGUUUCAGGACCAGCUGUUCAAGAAAAGUGGAGGUGGAGGGAAUUUCACCUUGUCGACAAGUUUACUAGGGUAUUCUCCUAUUGGAGGUGGAGUAGCCCCAAUGUGUUUUGAUGGUUAUGGGGUUUUCUACAGCAUAUUGCCGGAAAGGAUAAUAUUCACAAUAUCAGUCCGUAAAGAUUGCCAAGAGACUAGUUCACCUAGGCUGUUCCGAGAAAUAUCUCAAGCUCUCAACAACAUGAUAGAACUCUUGGAAAGGCAGACAGUUUCCAAGUUAUGAAACAGAGCGAAACCCCAGACACAUCACAUAAAUUGGACACUGUAUGAGACCAUGGUGGAACGAAAAUAUAUAGGUGUGCUAUUUCCGUCAUAUGCUGACGUCAUUCAGAUUGCAAACAUCAUUGUACCAUUUAGAAAAAUAAUAAAAACAAUAGCAAUCAAAUCAAAACAAAUAUAACUUGGCAAUACAAUCAGCUGAUUUUUGGUUUGCAAUCUGAGUGACGUCAGCAUAUGACGGGAAUAACACCUAUUGUAUAUUCAUUCUAUUUGUCUAUGAUUAGACAUCGCAUCUAUAUGGACAAGCUGAAGCUAGUUGUUUUACUUGAAGUCCUAUAGUUUGAAGGGAUAUUCCAGCUUUGUAUUAGGAAUAAACAAUUUAUGUACUUUCAAGGAUUAUAAAUUGUUGUUCACAGCUAAGUUACUCUUGGUAAUUUAAUUUUGAUGAUCUCUCUAUAAAAUUACCAUAUUAGGUAACUAAGGCCAGUUUAUAUUAAACAUAGAUGUUAUGCAUACAAUAAAAGUGAAGGUUUCAAAAAUGUAAAGUGUAUUUGCAAAGCUUAUAAUGUUAGAUAUUUUAAAAGAUGAAAUUAUUGAAAUAGUAUUAUUAUUUCAUAUUUGAGACUGAACUUUAAACAGAAGUACUAUUGAAAG